AUGUCGUCCGGAAACACUGGUGCUAACAAGGCUGCUGCCGCCGGCAAGGCCAAGGCCAAGCCGCAGGCCGUCAAGGCCGCCGCCGCCAAGAAGGCCGCGCUCAAGGGCACGUCGGGCAACAAGCUGCGCAAGGUGCGCACCUCGGUCUCGUUCCACCGCCCCUCGACGCUGCGCCUGCCCAAGGCGCCCGUGUACCCGCGCAAGAGCGUGCCGCACGCGCCGCGCAUGGACGCCUUCCAGACGAUCCUCUUCCCGCUCAACACCGAGAGCGCCAUGAAGAAGAUUGAGGAGAUCAACACCCUCGUCUUUAUCGUCGACCGCCGCGCCAACAAGAGGCAGAUCGGCCAGGCCCUCAAGAAGCUCUACGACGUCGAGGCCGCCAAGAUCAACACCCUCAUCCGCCCCGACGGAAAGAAGAAGGCUUACGUCCGCCUCACCCCCGACCAGGACGCCCUCGACGUCUCGAACCGCAUCGGCUUCCUCUAA